GUAGGAACAGUUCCGCUGCGGCACACACUGCUGCUGCGUCACUUCCUGUGUAUCAGUGAUAAAGACGGGCCUGGCGGGACCUCCGCGGCUCAAUUUUUUUGGUUUGUUCGGUGAAUCCGGCGGGAAUCGGAGCCAUCAGAACCGCAAACAUGACGGUGGGGAAGAGCAGUAAGAUGCUGCAGCACAUCGACUUCAGGAUGAGGUGCAUCCUGCAGGACGGACGAAUCUUCAUUGGCACCUUCAAGGCCUUCGACAAACACAUGAACCUGAUCCUGUGCGACUGCGACGAGUUCAGGAAGAUCAAGCCAAAGAACUCGAAGCAGCCGGAGCGUGAGGAGAAGAGGGUUCUGGGUCUGGUUCUGCUGAGGGGGGAGAACCUGGUCUCUAUGACGGUGGAGGGCCCGCCCCCUAAAGAUACUGGUAUAGCUCGCGUCCCGUUGGCGGGUGUGGCCGGAGGUCCAGGUGUGGGCCGGGCGGCGGGACGGGGCGUCCCUGCAGGAGCUCCGAUGCCUCAGGCUCCAGCAGGACUCGCCGGACCCGUCAGAGGGGUGGGCGGACCUUCACAGCAGGUGAUGACUCCGCAGGGCAGAGGGACAGUUGCCGCGGCAGCAGCAGGAGCGAGUAUCGCCGGUGCUCCCACGCAGUAUCCCCCUGGACGAGGAGCCCCGCCCCCAAUGGGUAGAGGAGCCCCGCCUCCAGGCAUGAUGGGCCCGCCCCCUGGCAUGCGGCCCCCCAUGGGUCCUCCGAUGGGGAUGCCUCCAGGCCGAGGCGCUCCGAUGGGGAUGCCCCCCCCAGGCAUGAGGCCGCCGCCCCCUGGCAUGAGAGGACCGCCCCCUCCCGGGAUGAGACCGCCCCCCCGGCCCUGAGGUAGCCCCGCCCCCUCAGACUCACCUGUUGUAUAGAUUUUUUUUUUUUUUUUUUUUAAAUCUUGGGUUUGUGUUUUUUAAUAAAGUUUCUUCAGGACGGUUCAA